AUGGGAAGACCUCAGAAAACUCAGCCCAAAUCUUCUGGAAAGAAGUCGAAGAAACAGGAUGAAGCUGUCAUUCCUAAACCACACACUCGAGCAACUGUUAAGAACCACCAAGCUCCAUCAAUGGUGGAGGAUGAUGAAAAUUCUGGAAAAUCGAUUGUAGACCCAGAUGAUUUGAUUUUCGAGGAACACGAAAUUCUUACUCCAAAAUCAUCAUUGGUUGCUCUACAACAACGUUCACAGGUCCUAAAUGAUUUCAAUGAAUGGAUUAAUGGCCUUCAAUCGGGUAAUGAUGCUCGUACCCUUUUUCAUUCAAAUGUAAGAAUUGGCGCGAACACCCAUAUUUUGCCUGCGAAAUCAAUUGAUCAUAAUACUGCAACUAAUGUGCUGCCUGAUGUUGAGAUUACAACUGAUAAUGAAAAUCUAAUAACCCCUGCAAUUAUUGAACUAGAUGAUAUUGAGGAUGAAAUUAUUUUCUGGAAAUCAGCCAUUGUUUGUUAUGUGUUGGGAGCUAACCCUCCCCAACAUGUCAUGGAGGGGUAUGUGCAUCGAAUUUGGGAGAAACUGGGAGUAGACAAAGUAGCAAUGGUGGGGAAGGGAUUGUUCCUCAUUAGAUUUACCACUAUGGAGAAUUGCCAGAAGGUGAUCAAUGGAGGUACUCAGUUCUUUGAUUCCAAACCAGUGAUCAUCAAGCCAUGGUCUGAAGAGAUUAACUAUGCUAAAGACCCAAUCAAACAGGUUCCUGUGUGGAUUAAACUGCCUGGACUUGAGGUGAAAUAUUGGGGAGAGAAGAGCUUGUUUAAGAUUGCAGGACAAGUUGGACAAGCCAUUAGAGUUGAUCAAGCAACUAAGAAUAGGGAUAAACUCAUGUUUGCAAAGAUUCUAGUUGAGGUCACAAUUGGUCAACACUACCCUAAAUGCAUUCAGUUUGUGAAUGAGAAAGGGGCACUAAUGGAGCAAAGUGUGGAAUAUGACUGGCUCCCCAUUGAGUGCACCCAUUGCAGGGGGAUUGGGCAUGCUAGUCAUGCUUGUUCCAAGAACAACCCAAAACAGAACAAGGUUACCAAGGUGGUGAGCAAGCCUGUUAAAAAGGUGUGGCAACCCAAAGCUGUUCAAAGAACACAGGUGAUAGAAGAGCAAGUCAAUGAACAAGUUGUCACUACUCUUGAUGCUGAAGGGUUCAUGCAGGCAACUUCUUUCAGCAGGCAACAAUGUCAACAACUGAAACCAGUGAACACAAGGAAUAGAUUUCAGACACUGGGGUUCCCUGAUGAUAAUGAUGGUGAACAUAACUCUGAUGCUGAGGUGUUUGGGGAUGGUCUGUUAGAUCAGGGGUUGACUGCCCCUGGGUCUAAUGGAUAA